AUGCGGCUUUUCCUCGAUCGCCUCUUCCUCGUGAUCGUGCUGCUCUUCUCUCCCGUUACAGCCCUCGGCACAUCAUGCUUCAAAGUCGUCUCCGCGCUGGUUAGCCGACCAGCCCACCUCUUCGGUAAAUUCCAGAGUGAAAUCUGCGACGUUGGAUGCCAGCCGACCGUCCCCCACUGGGAUCUAUGGACGCGCAACAACACCUUUGUCCCCGCCGUUCGCAGCCUGAUGCAGCGCAUGAAUGUACCCCACAAGGAAGAAGCUCUCCUGAAGAUGGGCGACGACGUUGCGCUCAAGAUCAAGGAAAGCUGUGGACCAAUGCUGGGCGGCGGAGUACAUAUCUGUUCUGAUCCAGAGACGCUGGCUGGGUUUGGCAACUGCUUCAAGCGCAAUUUCCUCAAGGCCUCGAUCAAACAUCUUCCUACUUUGAUUCCAAUGGCUUCGGAGGAAUCGUGUAAGGAGCAGCUUCGGUUCUUGGAGAGUGACGAGCUGUGGGAUACCACGAUUCCUCAGAAUAUGAGAGAUUAUGCGAAAGUGUGUGAUACUUUGGGGGUUUAUGACCAUGAUGAAUUAUGA